AUGGCAGACAUAGUACCGCUGGAGGCGGUUCUCCGAGAUGCGGACCCUUCUGGUCUCCUGCAAGAGACCGACAUACAGACGCUGGCGUCGGCUGUCCGUCGGGCAAUGGACUCCUGGACGCUGACUUUCCCCGGCCGCACUUGCCUUGCCUGCGGCAAACGGAUAGGAGCUGUCGCGGCAAAGAGCCAGCGUGCUCUGGUGCUGGACGUGGAUGGCCUUCAUGACGCACAGCAUAUACCCUCCAGGUGCCGGCACAAGAGCUGCCCGAGGAAAGGCUGCUACGUCUGGCACAACUUCACAGUAAUUGACAAGACUCGUCGUGACUGGACUCUCAUCAACAAGCAAUCUUUGCCUUCCAUCAUCAUGACUUCGCAAAAGUUUGGCAUCACCAGGCGAUGGUAUGUGCAGUACUCUCGUCGCUUGGCCGUCCACUUUUCUUCCUUCUGGGGGGAGGCGAAGAUUCAUUGGACGGAGCGCUGGGGCAGAAAGCUGUCUUUCAACCGGCUAAAGCUCCGAUUGCAGGACGCUUGGUUCAAGACACGUAUGCUGGUCCGGAUCAUGCAGCUGCCCACAAAGCCUUCCGGAUGUUGGGUAGUGUCUGAUGAUUUGGAGAAGUCGGUGGAGCGUCUCAGAGGCGUGUAUGACGACUUCAUGCAGCGCCGUCGCCAAGAGCAGGCAAGGGGCGCAGGAGACAUCACCGGCAUUGUUUUAGAUGGGCACAUUAAAGCCGGUCGCCGCAGGCGCUGCGGCGUGCCUCUCAUCCACGGGGUAUGGUGCGAGCCUCUGCAGGCAUGGUGCCUCACAAACUGUCCCAAAACGCCAGGCCGAAAAUCGCGGUUGUGCAAAGACCAUGCUGCCCUGGCCUCUGCAGCUGCAAGCAACCCUCUCUCUGAUCGGGUCCUCGAUGUGCAGCGUAGACAGCCGCUCUCGAAGCAGCGGCAUGACUUGCUGACGGUGCGAACUUGCAGCGCCGACUCUGCCCGCACUGAAACUUUGAAGCUCAGAGACUGCAGUCGGCCGUGGGUUGAUGCUAUUCAGCAAUUUCUUUGCAAAUGCUCUGCUGCGGGACAGGCCCGAGCUGUACAGGUGGCAGGUGAGUCGGGUGCGCAAGAACAAGAGGAGUGGCAGGGCACGAUUUUCGACGACGACAUGACUCUUCAAGAGUUGAAGGACUUGACCUGCCGCACUCACAAGCACGGGAGCAAUCCCUGUCCAGCGCAAAGGCUUCGGCCCAGCAAAAAUGGAGGCUUGUUGGUUGCCUGCCAUUCCAAUGGCCUCAUCCUGGACCUUGUUGAAUUCCACGGAGCUGAAUCAUUGCCGCAACGCUACUGCUUCCUGGCUCGGCUUAAGAAGGCAUUUCCUGCUUUGCGGGUCGUGGUGCAUGACGACGCAUGCCACCUCCGCCAGUUCGCUGGAAAUCGAGCGUCUUGGGGGUCCCUUGAAGCCAGCCUGGCCUACCCGCAGAUGCAGUAUGUCGUGGAUAAAUUCCACGCUCGUGGGCACGUGGACCCAUGGUGCAAGCAGAAUUGUCACCCCGAGGCAGCGGGCAACAAGGAGCUGAUUCAGCAAAUCAACACUUCGGUGUGUGAGAUCACUUUUGCUUGGCUUUCCCGCUUCAAGCAGAUGACUCGAAAAAUGAACCGGUGGACCUACUGGUUUUUCGUGCAGGAGGUCGUGGAUGAGCGCAACUGCCAGAUGCUAAACACCGGUGCAGCUCACAAUGCAGCACUCAGCUUCACUGCUCCACCGGCCGAGGCUUCCUUCAUCUCUGCAUCGCAGCCUUCUGGCAUAGCUGGAGAUGCGCAUAGUGGAAGUGAAAGCAGCUCUAGCUCCUCUUCCUCGUCGAGUAGCGACGAUGACGACGAUGAUGCGGACAGCGCCAGCGACUCGCCGUAA